AUGUCCCCAACUAAUGAUAUCAGUGGAUUCAAGCCGAAAGCAAACGAUCUUGGAGAAAAAGAAACACCGACAACGAAUUUGGAGGAGACGAAUAGCGAGACUGAUGUCUUCCCCGAAGGUGGGCGAGAAGCUUGGCUUGUAGUCCUGGGUGCAUGGUGUGUACUGUUCUGCACCUUUGGCCUAGUAAGCUGCGGUGGAAUAUUUGUCGAAUACUAUAAAAAUGGACCUCUUGCAUCGUACAACACUGGGACUGUCAGCUGGAUAGCCAGUGCGCAAGUAUUCAUCCAAGUCGGUAGCAUGGCCGUGUGGGGUCGCCUAUACGACUCAUACGGUCCGCGCUGGAUGCUCCUCCUGGGAACACCCGUGUACUGCUUCGGUCUCAUGAUGACCUCACUUUCGACCGAGUACUACCAAAUCUUCCUCUCGCAGUCGGUCCUCAGCUCGCUCGGGUCAGGUGCCCUCUUUAACGCCGGCAUGACAUCCACGACGUCAUGGUUCCUCCGUAAGCGCGGCACUGUGUUCGGCAUCGUCAACUCGGGCUCGUCGUUUGGCGGUGUCGUCCUCCCUAUUAUGCUGACACACCUCUUUCGCUCCAUUGGAUUCGCUUGGACCCUCCGUGUGCUUGGCUUCUUCUUUCUAGCCCUGGGUACAAUUGCCUGUGUCACAGUCAAGACGAGGUUGGUGCUAAAACCGCGUCCUAUUUCUCUCUCUGAUUACGUCCGGCCAUUUCAAGAACGAACCGCUGUAUUGACCAUGCUCGGUGGAUUCUUAUACUUUUGGGGCAUGUUUCUGCCUCUCAAUUAUAUCGUCGUCCAGGCACAAGCGAACGGCAUCUCAUCAUCCGUCAUUCCCUACCUCCUUUCCAUCAUCAAUGGGGUGAGCCUCAUUGGCCGCCUGCUCUGGGGUGUUCUGGCCGAUCGGUUCGGGUGUUUCAAUUGCAUAGUCAUCAUCAACUGCUUUACGGGUAUCGUAACGCUAGCUCUCUGGAUUCCGGGAAGCAAAAACACAGCCGCUAUCAUUAUUUAUGCAAUUGCGUUUGGUUUCGGAUCAGGUGGCUAUGUCACCAUGUUCCCAGCCUGUAUGGCACAGAUAUCACCACAAGAUGAGAUAGGCACGAGGAUGGGUCUGGCACAGUUCACCAAUGCAUUUGGUGCUUUAACGGGAUCUCCGCUUGGGGGUGCUCUGAUCUCAGGUCACGGUGAUACAACCAACUUUCUUGGCCUUCAAGCAUUCUGCGGUAUUGCUAUGAUAGCAUCCGUCAUAGCUCUAGGAGGAGCGCGUUAUAUGCAGGCUGGCCUGAAGUUGGUCAAGGUAUAA